GUUAAAGAAUUACUACCCUGUGGGAUGAUCAGUUGUGACUGGAGCACGCGCACGGCUUGACUGCAGGAUUGCGAUUUAACUAGGAUCCCGCUCUCUCCUCUCUCUCUCUCUCUCUCUCUCUCUCUCUCUCUCUCCAGAGGGGAGGUUUAGCUCGAUCUCGGAGUGAAUCGGGCAGCAGAUGCCAUCACCUGUCGCGAGGCUGCACUGGUGCAAGAGCGCGCAAGCAAGAGGCUGUCCUGAAGCCAAUUCAACAGAUACCGCUGCUGACAGAUUUAACCUGCACUAUGUUUUCCGGUGUUUUUUGCAUUUAUCUACUCUUCUCAUCUCCUUCGAGGGGUGUUUCACACCUUCCUGCGUUUCACUGAUACAUACUCAGAUCCAGAAUGGAGUCAUUAAACCAAUCCGGGUGGGUGGGGCCAAUCCCAGGGGAUUAUAACUCCUCCUCCUCCUUUGGACUGGGAUUUUCAGGAAGUCCAGUUGGGAAUUACACUGCCAAUGUGUCCGAUCAAAGCAUGCCGUUUCAAGGGAGCAGCACGAUGAUUACUGCUGUCAUAUCAUUCACCGUGUUCAUCGUUGGACUCACUGGCAACACUCUGGCUAUCUACGUAGUUUUGCGCUAUGCUAAAAUGAAAACAGUUACAAACAUAUACAUUUUAAACUUGGCCGUGGCUGAUGAGCUGUAUAUUUUGGGCCUCCCGUUCCUUACGACGCAAAACGUACUUUCCUACUGGCCGUUUGGCUCAUUCCUGUGUCGCGUCGUCAUGACGGCAGACUCGUUAAAUCAAUUCACAAGCAUCUUCUGUUUGACAGUGAUGAGUAUUGAUCGCUAUUUAGCAGUAGUGCAUCCUAUCCGCUCCACUAGGUGGCGCCGACCACGAGUAGCUAAAGCAGUUAGCGCAGCAGUGUGGGCGUUUUCCUUCAUCGUUGUUCUCCCCGUGGUGAUAUUCUCUGACGUUCAGGACAUGUUUAACUCAUGCAACAUGAGUUGGCCGGAGCCACGAGACGUUUGGUCGACGGCAUUCAUACUUUACACCGCAACGCUCGGAUUCUUCGGCCCCCUGCUGGUCAUCUGCAUGUGUUACCUGCUCAUCGUAGUCAAGGUGAAGUCGUCCGGAGCCCGGGCAGGAUUUACGAAGCGCAGACGCUCCGAGCGGAAAGUGACCCGCAUGGUGGUGGUGAUUGUGGUGGUGUUUGUCCUCUGCUGGCUGCCGUUCUACAUCAUCAACAUCGUAAACCUGGUGUUCAUACUCCCAGAGAACAGCGUGAUGGCAGGGGUGUAUUUUUUCGCCGUUAUCCUGUCGUAUGCAAACAGCUGCGCCAAUCCGCUGCUCUACGGGUUCUUGUCCGACAACUUCAAGCAGAGUUUCCGGAAGGUGCUGUGUGUGCGCAAGGCAAACGGAGUGGAGGAUGGAGAUCCCAGUGUGCCGCGGACGGAGAAAACGACGACCCAUGAUACCUUCCUGACACCUCGGAACAAUGACUUUAAUGGACACGUACAGGGCAGCCAGCAUCAUCGACACACACACAGCAGUACAGAUGUACCACUGUCUGUCCUGUUCUGUGUUUCUGCAGGAUCUGCAGUUACAGUCUUGCAUGAGCGCGUCUGAGAAGCCUCAGCCUGCAAGACCCCAGAUCAUUGGCCAGUCCACACUCUAAACGCUGUUUCUCUCUCUGUCUGUCGUUUCCAUCCUUAUUUCGUCUCCUUUCCUGUGCUCUCUUGUCUUAUCGUCUCUCCGUUCAUCCCUUCAAUUUGUCUGUCUGUCCGCCUGUCUCUUCUUCUGGCUUUUUGUGGAAGGUGUGGCCUGAGCCUCAAGCCACGCCCCUGAACGUGCCAGUGACUCCGCCCUCCCACCCAGCAGAGCUCAGCCUCCACCCGGUGCCCGCUGUCGCCACGCCCAGCUCCAGCCGUGACCUGUGACCCCGGCGGGUCGUGAGGGCCCCUCCGAACAAUGCCAGGAUACUUUGUUUUGGGUGGAGGGUGCAGUGUGCAGUGUGCUGGAAACACCAGGGUCUUCAUGCACAUGGAAACCUGGAAAUAUCAGGAAUUUUAAAACGUCCUGGGAAAUUCUAUGUUGAAUUUAAAUGCUUUAAAAUAUUUAAUCAGUUAAGAAUUACUGUUUGUGAAUUUGUAAAACACUAUUUAAAACCAGGGGCCUCAUUUAUAAAGUGUGCGUACGCUCAGAUUUGAUCUUAGAGUGUGCGAACGCUUAAAUCCAUGCCAGCGCUCAUAUUUGUAAAAACGUCUUUGACGUGGAAAUGUGCUUAGCGUCACGUCAGGGUCUGAGCAGACGUACGCACUUUUUCUUGUCGGAAUACUGCAUGUUAAUGAUGACUGCAAUGUUAAAGACAUUAAUUAGAAGUCGUUUGCAAGGCAGAGCUGAAACAAUUCAUUUCCGCGCAAGUUCAAGAUCAUUUGCGAUUCAUAAAUUUCACAUCUGAAAGAGACACGUACGUGCUUUUUCUGUACGUACGUUCAUUUAAUGAAUCACACGUACGCAUAUUUGAGAAAUGAUCGUAAGAUCAAUUUAGGAUGGUUUCUGCUCAACAUUUUAUAAAUGAGGCCCCUUGAGUCUGAGGCCACCAGUGAAAAUCUGUUUCGUACUUUUAGAAUUCAUUACAACCCUUCAACAUAAAAUAUAAUGUUAGCAAAACCAUUUUUUAAAGUUUUUCUUUAAUGAUUAAGUGUAAAGCAUGACUUUCUACAGCAUGACCUAAAAAGGAAUAGAGUCCGAAAUCUCAUACUGUCAUUUUACAUUUAUUUGUUUUACAUUUAAAAAAAAAAAAAUCCAAAUGCCUUCUUUUUAUUUUCUGGUUUCAAUUACAUUUUGAAUCCCAGAUUUUCAACAUGGUCUCAGACUUUUGGGCCCAACUUUUAGAGAGUUUUAAGAAAGGAUGGAAAAAAGAAACAGGAGAGGGAUUUAGAAGAGAGACAGGACUUCAGAUGCAAGUGAAGGGGAUUUCAAAAUGAUGAAUGUUGGUAUAUUGCUUUUCACUCACACACACACACACACACACACUCUUUAAAACAGAAACAUUCAAUCAAUUUUCCUGCAUUAAACACAAAAUAACCUUUUCUCUUUCUCCUCUACAAUCAAAUGAUUGAUGCGAAGAGAACAAAAAAGAAACACACACACAGAAAGUUUAUUAUGUGUACCUGCUACAUCUGAUUGCGAAAAAACUCAGCGUAUCCCAGUGUCCUUCACAAGCACAGACUAAUACGCUGUGUUCCUUCAGCAGUCUAAACUUGGAAAAGUGCAAUAGAACUCCAAGACGUUUGAUGUAAUACUUGGAAACUCAUUCUAAUAUUAACAACCCAGUUAUCAUUAAUAUUCCCUUUUAAACAGAUCAAAAUUAUUCCAACUACAAGAUAAAACCAGCUUAGCAAAUCAGCAGGGUUAUCAGAAAUAACUGAAAUUAAAACUGUAAAAAUCGUAUUUUCUUGAAAUAACUUGAUGUUAUUGCAAUGGCAAAAUUUCUCAUUUUCAUUUAGUUUGAGUUGAAGUACUAAUAUAUAACUAAACAGAAGCAAAACUGAAAGUUAAUAAUGUAAUAACUUAACUACAGCAUAUAGACAUUUUUAAAAUAAAAAAUUAUCAAAAACACAUCAAAACUACUCAAACUUGAACUAAAAUGAAAAUGAAUAUGGAAAAUAUAGAAACUGAAUCUAAUGCAAAAUGUUACGAAAAACUAUAAUAGUAUAUCAAUGAUACUACAGGUUUUCAGAGAGAGAUAAAUUAUUCUCUCUGUUAAUCUCUGAUAAUUGUAUACCUGCCAAAUGAAUGCUAGCACUGUAGAGCAUCUUUUUGUGCAAAAUUUGGUUGCGGUAUGUUGGUCAGUGUUUUUAAUUGACAACUGAACAUCUGCGAGGCAAACCAGUUGGUUUUUUUAGACAUCUUUUUCCGGAGGUCAGCAGCUCAACACCGUUAUGGUUGAAUUUAUCAAGUGAAUGGAUAGAGUGCAGCCGUUGACCCUCGACUCACUGGGAGCGCCUCAUCUCUGGGCAGAAACUUCCCUUUCUUCAUCUGGGGACUUGCACUGACAGGUAGAACGAGAUGUGAAAGAUUGCUUCUGGACGUCAGGAUCCUAGCCAACUGAACUUUCUCACAUGUCAGAGGGGAUGGGAAUCUGUGGAAACUGGGAUUUUAAAGCACUUUAGGGUGUGGUGUUCAAUGAUUGUCGAGUAUGAGGUUCAAGAUAGCGUUUCCUGAUCCGUAUCGAUGUGUUUAAACUGUGCUCUGCUCUCUGCCAAAUGUAGCAAAGUGCCUUUUCUUGUCCCAGAUCAAACUACCAGACAUUUGAAAAUGUGAGGCGUCGGUGGAGGCCUUAGAGACACAACUUGUUGUUUGCUUUCUUUGUUGUUCGGCUUCUUUCCCUCGUCGUUUAUUAGUGAGGAUUAUUUCCGUUCAUAUGCUUCAUUGUUAAGUGUAAUGUAUGUAUUCAUAUGGUUUAUAUUUUAAGAACACUUUUUGACAAUGUCACUAUGUAAUGAUAUUGUAAAGUUACUGCCAGUGUAAUGGAAACCACACCAACAAACAUUAUCAUUGCCUUUCAUAAGUCAUUUCUAUUGAUGUUUGAUGUACAAAUGGUCUCAUUUGCAGAAAACAUCUCAUUGGAUGAACCCAUUUAGUGUUCGCUGCCACCCUUUCUUACCAUUGGUGGAAGUUUCUAGAAAUGGCUUCAAUGCCUUAGCUACAAAGAUCUUCCUUGUGCGACAGCGUUUAAGUGUUCUGCGUGUAUUUAGCUGUUCAUAAAGAAUGUGCAUUGCUUUGUUAAUGCUAAAUGUGCCUCUGAUAUAAACUUUGAUGACACUCAUAAUUCAGCAGGCAUAUUUUAGGCCUGUUCAUGUCUGCCAGCAAGCUUUACGAUCAAUACUUCAGCUUCUUCUAUAUUAAACCCAAAGACUUGUUUGAUUCUAGACUUGUUAGGCACGUGUCGGCGGCGCCUUCAAACUGUGAAUGACGCAUUAACGAAUCACUCUGUGCUGAAGAAAUGCUGAGAAAAUGUCAUGUUCUGCAAUGUUGUUGGUCUUAAUAUUACUUUUUAAUGAUUACUCACUUUUUAUUAAUCAUUUGUUUCACAAUCCUUAUUAGGAACCUGUGACAUCUGUGUAAGAAAAUGUUUAGAAAAAAAGUUUUAAUUGCAGAAAUCUUGAUGGAGAUAUAUAAAAUAUACAGUUUCCUGAAAGAGACCCUUCAGAUCAUAUAUUGCACUCGUUAAAACGUUAAAACUUAAUAUCAGAAAUCUAUAUUGAUGGCAUAUUGCUGACAUUAGGAGGGCGCUUGAAUAGCUGAUGCCAUUAUUACUUAUGAAAUCAAUCACCAGACCUCAUUAAGUGAGAAUCAAAUAUUGAAGUUGUACAUAUACUAUGUUUUUGUCUAAAUAAAACAG